AGGAAUCAAGUCAGUUGGACUCUUAUUACAAUUUAUAUACAAGUUUGCAACCCAGGAAAGAAGUUAAGACAGGAAAGGGAACUAAUCAAUAAUCGAGGUUAAAUAUGUUUAAGCGAAAGAGCAUGUGGAACUCGACAAACAAAUCAGACAAGAAACUUUGACUUCUGUUGCAGGGUGGCGGACCAAAAAAUAUGGUAAGCCCUAUGUCAUUUCUUUUGUGACUUUCUAUUCUGUCUUUAUUUAUAUCUACAUUGUUUUCUUGAAUUAAUCUUGACUUGAGUCUACCAAGCAAAAACUAGCCAAAUGGCUAUCUACAAUCCUUCACUAACCCCGCAUUAUUUUAUGUUCUGAUGAACCAAAGAAUUCUGCAGCUCAGCCAACCAUAGGGCUAUGGUGAAAUUCCUUUCACUCGCAUACGCUCCCUCUUCUUCCCCAUCCAUGUUUUGGAAAAAACUUAUAUUUGCAGGCAAUUGUGCCUUUGCCAUAGUUCUUCUAUUCCAAGUUCCUUGUAACGCCCAAAAGAAUCAUAACUGUGAAAGUCCUUCUUCUUGCGGCGAUCUUGUUAGCAUUGCCUACCCUUUCCGACUAAAAGGUGAUCCAUCAAAUUGUGGUGAUCCUAACUAUGAACUAACUUGUGAAAACAGUCGAGCAUUCGCGAACUUGUACUCGGGAAAGUACUAUGUGAAGUCCAUCAAUUACAGUAAUUCAACAAUACGACUCGCUGAUGUUGGCGUGCAAGACCAAAAUUGUUCCACACUUCCUCUAUACCCUUUAAACUAUUACAACUUCAGUUUUGGCGAUCAAAAUUGGGUAUCAUAUAUCAAAAAUGAUCUUAUAAUGUUCCUGAGUUGCAAAUCUAGAAUUAUUUCGGAACUCUAUAUCGAUGCUUCACCUUGUCUUGAUGGAAACAGUCACCAAUAUGCUCUAGUUGGCAAUAAGAAGGCUUCAGAUGUGGUAGAUGGGUGUUCCGUAAAUUUAAUUGUAAUGGCUAGGACAACUCCACAAACUAUUUCCAGUAACGUUUCGUUUAUUGAUGUCCAUAAUGAUCUGCUAUCUGGUUUUGAUCUUUCAUGGUCUAGAAUUUACUGUGAAGAAUGCAAGGGCCAAGGAUAUUGCAUAUUUGAUGGAACCACUGAUGUCAUCAAAUGCUCUAGUGCCUGCAGUUUGGGCCAUAUAUCAUCUUUCGGUUGCACCGCGGAGCUUUUUCUAGCACUUACUCUCUAUUUGGCUUAUUAUGGAAUCUUUGUGAUUGAAUUAAUUUUAGGUGCAAAAAUUGUCUUUGGGGCUCCAUGUAUCUUCAUAUUUCUUAUUUACAAAUGGAGAAGAAGACAUCUAUCAGUGUUCGACUGUGUUGAAGAGUUUCUGCGAAGUCAAAACAAUCUCAUGCCAGUAAGGUACUCCUAUUCAAAACUUAGGAAGAUGACGAAUGGUUUCAAAGAAAAAUUGGGUGAAGGAGGCUAUGGUUCUGUGUACAAAGGAAAGCUUCAGAGUGGCAACCUUGUUGCAGUCAAGAUAUUGGGUAAAUCUAAUGCAAACGGACAAGAGUUCAUCAAUGAAGUUGCUACUAUAGGAAGGAUUUCUCAUGUUAAUAUUGUCCGGCUCAUUGGGUUUUGUGCCGAUGGUUCUAAACGAGCUCUAGUGUAUGAUUUCAUGCCUAAUGGCUCCCUUGAAAAACACACUCUUUCUCAAGAAAACCAUACCUCUUUGAGCUGGCACAGAAUGUUUGAGAUUUCUCUUGGAGUGGCUCGCGGUAUUGAAUACUUGCAUCGAGGCUGCGAUAUGCAAAUCCUCCAUUUUGAUAUUAAACCUCACAACAUACUUCUUGAUGAGAAUUUCACUCCAAAAGUUUCAGAUUUUGGACUCGCUAAACUGUAUCCAACUAACGACAUGGUGGUGUCUAUGACAGCAGCAAGAGGGACAAUUGGAUAUAUAGCACCGGAGUUGUUCUACAAAAAUAUUGGAGGCGUUUCUUAUAAAGCUGAUGUUUAUAGUUUUGGAAUGCUGCUAAUGGAGAUGACGGGUAACAGGAAGAACAAAAUCAUUACAGGAAAUUCAAGCAAAAGUUAUUUCCCUUUUUGUGUUUAUGACCAAGUUCUUGACGGAAAGGCAAUUGAGAUUGAAGAUGUCACAGCAGAUGAAAAGAAAAUAAUAAAGAAGAUGGUUAUGAUAGCAUUGUGGUGUAUACAAUUUAAUCCCGUGGACCGUCCUUCAAUGACGGAAGUAGUGAAGAUGCUUGAAGGAGAAUCAGAAAGCAUACAACUUCCUCCAAGGCUUUUCUUAUAUCCUGAAGAAACAUUAGUCAAAGAUAAUACAACUUGGUCAUUGUCUGGAUCAACCAAGUCAACAAGUUUGGUUGGUAAUGAAAUAUAGGUAAAAUUUGCACAUUGUAAUUGAUGGAUUGGCAAUUUAUAAAAGAAUAUCUUUCUCUCUUUAAA